GUCCGCAUCAGGGCCAUGACCUUGUGGUGUGCGUGUUUGUCAUAAGGUUUUGAUGGCAAGGUGCCCGCUGACAAAUGCGAUUUCUAGGGUUCUAUUUGAAUGCAGGACUGGUUAGGUUAACCUGAAAAGUGAAUAACAAAAGCGAGCAGCAGGUGAAAUUCGAAACAGGAGCACAAAAAUACGCAGGAGUAGAUCAACCAUGAUACAUCUGGCUGCCCAUUUACACUUGUGUUUUCCUCCAGUCAUCCAAGGAAUAAACGGGGGAUGGAGUGAAACAAUGAAAUCACUGAUAACUGAGAAAAAGGCAACAAAGAAUGAAAAUAUAGCAUGUUGCUUAAUUGGUGGAAACAGAAAUCGAAUCAACUUAGGGACUAAAGCAGCAAGACAAUAUAAUACCAAAAACUAA